GGGUCCCCCGUUUUGGGGCCAUCCCCCCUGGAGCAGGGUGUCCCCCCUUGGUGCAGCCCCGCCCCUGGGGCAGCGCUCAGCCAAUGAGAGCGCGCGGCGCUGAUGACUCAGCAGUGUCCAGGCAGACCCGCAGCUCCCAGCGUUCCCCACCUGGACCCCACCUGCGCCCCCCGGGCCCCAGCGCCCCCCGCCAGGGGAAUUUGGGGAGGUGGGAGGGGGGCAGCGCCAAGGCCGGGCCCCCCCGCGCUGUGGUGGCGGGAGCGACUGCAGUGGGGACCGAGUGCGGGCGGGAGCGGCCGAGAAACACGAAGCAGCACAAGAUUCCACCCCUCCCUGUGGCUGCUGCCUCCCCCCAGCCCCAGGAGCGUUUCCCCCACUAAAUGCUGCAGGUUACGAGAGAGGAGGAUCCACGAUUUUCACAGGGGUGAAUCUUCUGAGCUGUAUUGGGCUAAAUGCUGAUGCUUUGUUUUUUUGCAGGGCCUGAAUCUUGUCUCAGUCUUGCUGUUUGGGUACUUUUUGAUAUGUGUCUUGAUGUUUGGAGGACUUUUGAUCUGAAUCUUGGUUGUUUGAAGUUUCUUACAGAUACAAGAUGCCGAGUGAUUUCCUGAGAUGAACUUGGGCAAGGAGGAACCCCUAGCCCAAUGUGGUUUUUUCUUGCUUUUUCUCCCAAACCAGUAUUUUUCAUUCCUAAGGUGUUGACCGAUGGAGGAGGAGGAAAAGCCCAGGAGAUCUCUCACAAGGAGGAGCUGCAAACCCAGCCCAGAGAGCUGUGAGGAGGAAAGACCCUCCCAGAGACAGGAAGGCAGCCGGAGAUCCAGGCAGAGCUCAGAGCUGGUGGAGAAGCCUCAUGGAGGGGAGAAGCCCCACAAGUGCUUGGAAUGUGGGAAGGAUUUCAGCAACAACUACAGGCUGAUGCGGCACCAGAGGAUCCACACUGGGGAAAAGACCUAUGAAUGUGGGAAAUGUGGGAAGGGAUUCAGUCAGAGCUCUCACCUGAUCCAACACCAGAGGAUCCACACUGGGGAACGGCCCUACGAGUGUGGGAAAUGCACAAAGUGUUCCUGGACAAAAUCUGAACUGACGAUGCACCGCGUGAUCCACGCAGGAGAACAGCCCUACACCUGCUGGGAAUGUGGGAGGAGCUUUGGGCAGAGCUCCAACAUGAGAAAACACCAGCGCAUCCACACCGGGGAGAGGCCCUACGAGUGUCCUGUGUGUUGGAAGAGGUUUCAGACCAGCUCCCAUCUCCUGGAACAUGAGCGGAUUCACAGAGAUGAGAAGCCCUUCCGCUGCUCCGACUGCGGGAAGGGAUUCCAACGCAACUCCCAUCUCAUUACGCACAGUCGCAUCCACACUGGGGAGAGGCCCUACGAGUGUCCUGAGUGUGGGAAGAGCUUCUCACAGAGCUCAAACUUGACCAAACACCAACGGAGCCACCACUAAGGGAAGCCCUUUGAGUGCCCCGAGUGUGGGAAGAGCUUUGUGCUCUGCUCCAGCUCCAUCCCCCAUGGGAGGAUUGGUGUUGGAUGAUCCCCAGUGACCCCCAUUGGGCAGAGCCCUGGUGAUCCGUGGUCCUGGUGAUCCAUGUUGGGAAGACACCUGGCUGGGGGGCUCUGCAUCAUCCUGUCUCCCUGUGGACACCUGGAUGAAUGCAGGGGCAGGAACGUCCAUUGGAAUGCAAAGUGACAUUGGGAAUUCCUUGGGGAGAGUGAAUUUGUUGACUUUCAACCCCAGAAAAUUUUUUGUGUUGAAUCUUGUCUCCUGGUGGCAUCCAGGAAUACUGAAUGCUCUUGGACGUUUUUUCCAAUGUGGUUUUUUUUUUAAGAUUCGCUGAAAUUUUUUACCUGCCUGGACCUGGGCAGUCUCCCUUGUAUCUGACCAGAAGCAAUCAGUGUUGGAUUGUUAAUAUUCACACAUUAUUACAGCAAUAAGCAAGUUUCUGCCUCUUUGUGAAAUACACAUGUACAGACACAAAGCCCCGGGCAAGUUCUCUUUCCCUGCCGGCCUCUCCCACAGGAACAGCAGCCCGGGCCGGGCAGGGGCAGGCGGGCUCUGACUCAGAGCUCAGGAAGCCGCCGGGCCCCGUUUUCAAGCAGGGACCCCGAUGUGCAGGGCAAGGAAAGGCCAGGCCCGUUGCUGCCAUCGCUGCCCCCCCGGCAUGGCCGCGGCUCGGCAGAACCCUGCCCUGGCCCGGCCCGGAGCGGCUCCGAACGGCCGGGCCCGCCCCGCUGCCCCCGCGGCCUGGGGGAAAAACAACUGAGCCCCGUUCUGGCAAGGCCCCCACAGCCUUGUCUGCUGGGCAGGGGGGAGGAAGAACCCCCGGCCCGCGGCUGGAAUUGAGUGCAGCGGGCGCCGGAGAACAGCCAUGAGAGCAGAAACUCAUCAGCGCUUCUCGGACUGAGCCCUGCAGUCCUCAGCCAGCCCCAGCGGGGCCUUGAAAGACUCUUUAUGGGAAAUAACUGCGACUGCCCACCUGGAAAAAAUCACAGAACCCUCUGCUGCCCGGGCAAGGUAUUGACUCUUUCAAUGCCCACAAUAAAACUUUACAGAUACUUUAUUCCUUCUCUGAAAUAAUAAUAAAAAAAAUAAAAUAACACAGAAGCAAUAUAAAAACACUGAAAUCAAACAAAAAGAAAAUUCAAAUCCUAAAUAAAGAAAGGAGAAAAGUAAUGAACUAAAAUUUCUCUUUUUUUAAAUUAUGGAGAAAAAACUCUUAUUUCCUCUAUAAGACAUAAAAAUGUUAUGACAUGAAUAUGACUGUUCUAAGUAGAAAUAUAAACAAAAGCAUUAAUAUUGAAGUAAAGAAAUGUAUAAAUUACUGUAAUCGCCCAAGUUUAAAUAAUAAAAUAACUCCUUACUGCUCCCCAAAAAAAAGAGAAAGAAAAAACCUUCUGUUCUCAGACAUAAAGUAAGGUCUUGUUUAAAAAUCUUUAAAGUGUGCCUCAUAAUUUAACAUAGUUGUCAAAAAAAUUACGAGAAAAACUGUUAGUCUGAAAAAAGGGUUUUUGCACUGUAAUCAGAUUUCCAUUCUCCUGCGUGGCUAAUCACUGUAACAUCAAAACCACAAGAAAACUGUUUCUUGUGAAGAAAUCUCAAUAGACUGAAAAUAGUCUCCUCUUUCAAGUAAAUUAGUAAAAAACUGUUUUAAUUAUGGUAAACUAACUGAGUUGGUUUUGUACUCUUUCAGUAUU